CCUCUCGCCUGCCGUCGCGCUCCCCUCAUCCUGCCAUCACAACGCCUGAGGCUUCCUUUUGCAGGUGCUGUAACGUGCAACAAACCACAGUGUGCGACGCCUACUAGCUGUUUGUGGGCUGAGGAGCGUCCCCACAAUGUCCUUAAGAUAAUGUGCACAUGUCCACCGUUCGGGUCUCUGACCUGGGGCUCAACUCCUCAGAGCAGCGAUUUCUCCAGGAACAGAUUGCAACUGCCGCAUCGCAACAGGGCAGCAGUUCGUCCCGCGCCGCUUCAAGAGCAUCCAGUCAAGGCCGAUUACUCCUGGAUCCCACCAGUCUACAGGCGCUCGGCGCCCACUUUGAUCGUUUGAUGUACUCGAUACAGCAACGAUGGCAAUAUCUUACCCAACAGACUCAGACGGCGACCCAGCUGCAAUACGACCGCGCCGGCAACGCGAUGCAGAUGGCCGACGCUGAAAUCGCCCGUUUUCGAUCCAUACUUCGCGAGAUUGACGAGCUCCAAGUCGAAUUUGAUAAAGUACGCCGAAUUGGUGAGAUAGUCAAGGGCUUCAAAGCGCGUGUUGACUAUCUGGACCGCCGCUUCUGAGCCUGCCUACACAAAAUACUCUUACAUAUGUCCCUAUCACCGACACUCCUUCUCGACUCACGACUUACGACAUUAUAUCGCACUUAGCGAUCUUCAUGGACACUACAUAUUCAAGAGAGGAAGCCUCACGGCUCGGAAAACUCUAGGGAGGAUACCGAGAUUUGGGUGCCUCACGGCAGUCGGCGUUCUGAUAUGUUAUGUUUGGAGUAUCUGCGGGCAUACCCGGGUCGAUUUCCUUUGAUGUUUGCCAAUAAUCGUUAUUCUGCACUCGUACGAUCUGUUCUUCUCCCUCGAUGUUCGUUGCUUUUUCUCAACUUGGAGCAUGCGAUCGGCCCUUGUAACAUCGUGCUAUCCUAUUUCAGAUUGUUCUGCAGACAAGUGCACUACGUUCGUCGUACAUUCUCACAUGGCAGUGCAGCCACUUACCCAUACUGAUCGAAAAUACGAGCCGCAACCCUUCG